CCCUUGUAGAAAUUGAUGAACAAAAUUGAUAUACGCCAUAGUAAGGUUAGGAACAGUGCACAAAGCGGUUAUAUACGCGAUCUACACUUACUGGCUUUAUUUCAAGUUAUCUCUAAACAAUAACAGCUACUACUACUACUACUACUACUACUACUACUACUACUACAUAGCGGAUCUCACCAAAUAGAACAAACGUAUCAGUGUUUAAAGGGUCUUCUCAUAGUGACGUGACAUUUAAAUACUUGAUAUCAGGGAAAUCUCUCACAACGCCUUGAUUUACGAAGCAGAAAGUGAAAAUAGAAGAUAAUAUGAAGGAAAUGAUUGAGUUGUAUGGUAGAAAGUGGCGUUUGUCAAUGAGUAAAGAGAGAAAAUAGGGAAAUUAACCACCCGUUGUCUCAGAUUAAUGAAAACACAGGUCAAACAAAAUAUCAACAUUAACAAAAAACAACCAAACCAAACCAAACCAACACCAAAAAACAAAAUAAAAAAUAAAACCAAACACAUUGAACUAAAUAAAACACACAAAAAACGUUAAAAUAGACUAAAAAACUAAAAAAUAAGAGUAACCAUCCCGAGUUGGAGACGGUUACAAGUGUGCUGGGCUACAAACAAAACAUUAGCUGUGGUUAACGUCAUUGCAUAUAUCAGUGUCAGUGUGUUCGUGUGUGCGUGUCCGUUGCCUCCACACGCUAUCUGAGGGCGAGAUAAGAGAUAAGAGAUGAGGAGACCACGUGAGAUAAGCCUGUGGGAGAGAUAGAGUAGAUAGAGAGAGAGAGAGAGGGAGGGUGACAAGUGUGUGUGUGUGUGUGUGUGUGUGUGUGUGUGUGUGAGAGAGAGAGAGAGAGAGAGAGAGAGAGGUGGAAGAGAGAGAGAGAGAGAUAAUUGAAGAAAAAAUAAUUACAAUAAUCAGAGAGAGAGAGAGAGAGAGAGAGAGAGAGAGAGAGAGAGAGAGAGAGAGAUAUUGCAACAGUGUACGUGCGUGUGUGUGUGCGUGUGUGUGUGCGUGUGUGUACAUACCCAAACCACAACCCCGCGUGUAGUGUGGCAACCAAACACACACAAAAUGCCCAAACACACACACACACACACACUCACACACUCCUGGCCACGAGCACCACCACUGUAGCUAUGUGCGUGCGUGUGUGUGCGUGUGUGCGUGCGUGGGCGUGUGUGUGGGUGUGGGUGUGGGCGUGGGUGUGGGCGUGUGGGGUUGUGGAGGGGGGGGCGUCGUGUAACAAGACCAGACAGGUGUUGACGGCCAGAUUUGGGGUCAUUAGUGAUGGUCCGGGAAACUACAGCCAAGCCUCCCAUUGCCAGUGGCUUGUCAAAGCCAAGCCAGGAGAGCAUAUAACAUUAAAUAUCACACAUAUGGAGACAGAAUGCUCUUAUGACCAUCUCUAUGUGCAUGAUGGCCACACCUUUGACGCACCACUGCUUGGAGUCUACAGCGGCAACACCACGCCAUCACCAGUCACCGCCUCGUCCAGCGCCAUGCUCAUAAUGCUCUAUUCUGACACCAAUUAUGCUCUGGCAGGCUUCGAAGCUCACUACUCCAUCACUGAGUGCCCCUUGAACUGUUCGGACCGGGGCAACUGUGUGUCGGGGCAGUGCCAAUGUGAGCCCCUGUAUUAUGGCCCUGGCUGCCAACACGAACACUGCCCCGACAACUGUGGACUGAUGCAGCUCCGGGGCCACUGCGAGAAGCCCCAAGGUGCCCGAAGACCCCGCCCCGCCCCGUACUGCAUGUGUCGGGAUGGAUACUAUGGUGACAGCUGUUCCUUGUACGAUGGUGGGGUGGAUGGCGGGGCAGGUGAAGGCGGGGCAUGGUACUGGCUGUAUCGGGGCGCGGGGCCGGGGCGGGGCAGGACGAGCCAUGCCGCUGUGUACCUACCCCAUUUAGACCAAAUAUUUAUCUACGGAGGAUUUGAUUUAAAUGAAGCUGUCGGAGAUUUGAUGAUCUUUGACAUUCAGGAGAGUUUAUGGGUGAAACCGGGUGAUUCUAUGGACGAGGCGCUGCUCACCCGGAGGAGGAACACCCGCCGGACAUCCCGAGUCACCCCUAAGGACCGCCCCACCACCCGUUCCCCGGCAAACGCCCCACAAACGCCACAAACGCAAACAUCAACGCGUUUCAACCAUUUAACGUUUACUAAAUCGGCGAACAAUACUGUUAGUGUUAAGCGGUCGAGACGAGGCAUGGGUGGGGCUGCGGAGGGGUCUGGCGGGGGGCUGGGGGAGCAAGGGGGCCAAGGGGGUCUCAGCUCCCCCCCCCAGUCACCCGGGCCACGAUAUGGGCAUGUGAUGGAGAGGUUCGGGCAAGAUUUCGUUCUUUUUGGAGGAAAAAAUGACAAAGGAAAAGUCUGCAACGAUUUAUGGCUUUAUAACACCACUGAAAGGUCCUGGAAGCUUAUAGACCCUUACACCACCACCACCACAAAAACCACCUCUACUGCGCAAACCCCCGCCCCUACCACACCGGCGGGGGUUGAGGGGGUAGAUAAGACGUCCACCCACCCACCCGAUCCGCCAGAACCUCCCACGGAUGACCAGCCACCCGGUUUAAUGCACGCGAGUUUGACGUUAGUGGAUGAAAAAUGGAUUUACUUGUUUGGAGGAAGUUUGCCACACGGAGAGUUUUCCAGCCUCAUGUUUCGGAUGGAUCUAACGGGUCUGCGGGUGUGGGAGCGGGUGUUUGUCCUAGGAGGUAACGAGCUAGAGGUCAGAAUUGUGGGGCAUUCAACUGUCUUCCAUGCACAGACACGCUCUCUCCUUGUCUACGGAGGUAUCAGGGUCAAUAUGGCAAGAUUCUCGAACCUGACGGAUCAACUGUUAAUAUUUAGCCUGGAUCGUCAAUUUUGGUCUAUUAUCCACUAUCCGAGGUCAAGAGGCAGACACUCGGACAGACACAUACCCCUUAAACGCGCCUUCCACUCGGCUGUCAUUGCAGGUACCUACAUGGUUGUAAUGGGAGGAUACGUACACCUCCACAACCAAGAUGAGAGGUGUUACGACCACCAGGUGUAUCUCUACCACCUGGGCUGCCACGUGUGGGUCGCUCACAGGGGUGGUGGUGGUGGUGGUGGUGGUGACGGUGAUGGCCAGUAUCCUCGUCCCCAGGGGGUGUAUGGGCACUCUCUGUCCCUGCGGGGGGGCAACACCCUGGUGGUGAUUGGGGGUUUCCAUGGGGCUGUCAACACCCAGGCCUUGGCGUAUGUUCUCCCUUCAACACUGGUGUCUCCUGAAGGACGGAGAUUUGACUCAGAUGAAGCCUGUCGACGCCACACUUCACAGGAUUGGUGUGUGGCCAGCCUGGGGUGUGGGUGGUGCCCCGCUGACAACACCUGCUACGAGCGUUCCCGCGGGGCGCGCUGCACAAACAACCUGCAGACCUAUGAUUGCCCCGGCCUGUGCCCCGCCCUGCACUCCUGCCAGUCCUGCCUAGUGCAUGGGGCGCCCUGCUCCUGGUGUGUCCAGGCGGGGCGCUGCACGGGGCGGGACCAGGCGGCAGGGGGCUGGCCGGGGCGUUGCGGGGCGGAGGCUCCUCUCAACUGGUGGGGCGGCCUGACGGGGGAGGUCCAGGCUGCCGGGGACUGCCGGGGUCAGGACCGCCGCCCCGGUAUAACACUGGUUCGCCACUAUCCCCCGGUGGACCCGACCCGCCCCGAUGCUGUGGCGCUGCUUAACCACAGCUGGGCAGACCUCUCCUAUCGUGAGGAAUUCUCCGGGGCGCUGUCUCUCUUGCCCCGCGGCCCUGCUACCACCCUGCUCACCGCCUUCCUGCACACCCCACAGGCCGGGGCGGACCGGGGCCUGGCGGUGGAGGCCAAGGCUGCCAAUGCUUCCCUGUGGGUGUCCGGGGCGGAGGGCGGGGAGGACCGGGAAUUAGUGGCACAGCUGGCGGCGGGGCGACUUGAGGCGGGGCCGGGGAAGGAGGCAGCGGUGGCCAAACGCCCCGGAGGAGGUAAGGUGCUGGUCCCCGGGGGUAGACAGCUCAUCGAGGCCAAGGCAUGGGUGGACCCUGGGGCGGCGGGGCACCUCAGCCUGUCCUGGGCCGGGGCAGACCGUGGCACACUGUCCUACCGUCACCUGGAGCCAUACAGUCGGGGUGGGGCGGCCUGUCUGCCCCACGACACCUGCCUGGGGUGCCUCACGGAUGCCCUGUGCCAGUGGUGCCCCGGUUCGGCCACCUGCCUGCCCCGGGACGACCCUAAGGCUGUGUGUCUGGGCGGGGCGGGGUCCGGGGUGGGGCGACACUUCCCCGUCCUGGAUAUAGGGGAGUGUCACACCUGCGAACAACAUAUUUACUGCAGCGCGUGUGUCGGGGCGGGGUGUGAGUGGCUCCCGGAUAAGGCACAUUGUUCACGCCGGGGCAGAUUCACUGGGGCCAUCACUUUGCCCCAUGCCUGCCCCGCCCCGUGUCAUCGGCGCCCCACCUGUGCCACCUGCUUGGGGGUGCCGGGGCGAUGUGCCUGGUGCAGCGAAACUCAGGAAUGCUUCUUGUUCUCCGUGUACACAUCUGUGUAUCAGUAUGGGUCCUGUCGAAUUUGGAUUGAUGAAGACCAUACAAAUAUAACUUCUCCUACUGCUACUUCUGCUACUACUACUGCUACUGCUGCUACUACGGGUACCACUAUGCAGCUACUGGACCAUACAGCCCCGCCGCAGCCCCUCCCACUCCCCCAGAGGCUGGCCCUGGAGUCGGCAGAGUGUCACACCUGCGAGAGUGUCACAGACUGCGAGAAAUGUGUCCAAACGCUUUCCUGUGGUUGGUGCCAUGACGCUCAGAACUUCACUCUCGGACUUUGCACUGAGGGAGAUUUCUCCAGCCCCCAUAGAGGAACUUGUGAAGACUUGCUAUCGGAAAUGACCACUGCCACCACUGAUACGGGCGGGCGGGCAGAGUGGGCCUAUGCGAGGUGCCCCGACCUGGAUGAAUGCAAGUUACAGCUGGACAACUGCCACUCGAAUGCCAGCUGCCACAACACUGACCCUGGUUAUGAGUGCCAUUGCAGAAAAGGGUUUCAGGGUGACGGCAGGAAGAAUUGUGAUCGAACGUGUUACGAGAGGUGCUUGACUGGCUACUGUUCUGGCCCACCUGACUACCAGUGUGUGUGUCAGCUGGGGUGGACCGGACCGGACUGUAGUGUGGAUUGCGGGUGCCAUAACCACUCCACCUGCUCCACUGGCACUGGGACCUGUGAUGAGUGCCAGGAUUGGACGAUUGGGCAGCACUGUCACCUUUGCGAGCCUGGCAGCUACGGGAACGCCACCACAGCCCAGGGGUGCCAAUAUUGCCAAUGCAACGGCCACUGGGACUCCUCCAAGGGGCACUGUGACAUCACCACGGGGGAGUGUCACUGUCUGCACCACACCACGGGGCACCACUGUCACCUGUGCCUGCCUGGGUACUAUGGCGACCCUAGGGAGGGGGGCCACUGUUACAAGGAGUGUGGGUCCAGAACAGUCCUCACAGGGGGGGCGGGCCAUCUGGGGGCACAGGUGGGGGGGCCGGAUACCCCCCCCUCCUGCCUCUGGUUCAUCACUGGUGGCUCCCCCUUCCCUCCUGCCCCUCCCUCCACCACCACCACUACCAUGGCCUCUACUACACCAAGUUCUGAUGGUGGUGGUGGUGGUGGUGGUGUGACUGGGAAACACGUCAUUCAGGUAACAGUGGAGGCGUUGAACAUAGAUUGCGACAGAGGAGUGUUGCAAAUUUAUGACGGCAUUCCACACUUCGUCUCGGGGCGCCCCACAGCUGACACACCCCCGGGGCACCUCGUCGGGGCCUUCUGCCACACCCGCGCUAGCUUCCCCGCCACAGUCGAAGCCACAAGCGGCAUCAUGACCCUUUAUUAUGAGCGAAAUGGAUCUUUAGAAGGAUUCAACGCCACAUUUGAGGUUCUCCAAUGCCCCGAGAGUCCUGGAGAGCGGAGGGUGUGUGUGGAGGGGCGCCCCGUGUGUGCUGACGGAUGGCGAGGCGUCAGGUGUGAUCUGCCAGUGUGCCCCGGGGGUUGUGGCCAAGGGGAAGGCCGGGGGACGUGUCUGUACGGCUAUGGAAGGUGCAAUUGUACUGAAGGGUUCGUGGGAGAGCAGUGCCAUCAGGAGCGCUUUGAUUACCAGGUGGUGGUGAGCCAGCUGGUGGGGUCGGCGCGGGUGGGGCGCGGCGACCCCCACCUGGCCACGGUGCUGCAGCGGCUGGGGCAUUCCCUAGUGGUGGACCAAGGUGGCUCCCUCUGGGUGUUUGGGGGGCUGUCCCUGGGGCGGGGGGCGCUCAACGAUGUACAGCGCUUUGACCCCCACAACACCACCAGUAUUUGGCAGCAGGUGACGGUGACGCUGCAGCCUGGCGGCGGCAGACAGGCCCCACCACCGCGGUACCUGCACGGAGCGGCGUACGUGCCGGGGCGCGGCCACAUGUACGUGUACGGCGGCCUGAACCACUCACACUUCCUGGGGGACUUCUGGCGCUUCAGCAUGGACGCCUCGGCCUGGGCCAGCGUCCCCACGCCCGCAGCCCUGCCGCCCCUGGCCGGCCACACCCUCACCUACCGCGGCCAGCAGGAAGCGGCGUCGCUGCUGCUGGUGGGCGGCGCGUCGCCACAGUACGGUUUCCUGGAGGCGCCGUGGGAGUACAGCGUGAGCAGCGGGCGGUGGGCGCGGCUGGUCACGUCCGGCACGGCCCCGGUGGGCGUGUACGGCCACAGCGCGGUGUACCACGCAGCCAGCGGCGCCCUCUACGUGUACGGCGGCCACUGCUUUAAGCUGCACGGCGUGGGUCUGUGCCGCGACCUGUACGCCCUGCACUACGCCCGCCGCCACUGGGCCCUCCUGUCCCCCCGCCCCACCCCCACCACACGCGGCCCGCCCCCGCCGCCACCACGGGCCUUCCACGCUGCCGUCACCACGCCUGACUACAUGGUGGUGCUGGGCGGCCAGGUGGCAGCGCCGCCCGCCCCCGCCCAGGGUCUGCUGGCUUACUCCUACGCCUGCAACGCCUGGCUGCCCCUGGCGCCGCCCCACGCCGCCCUGGUGGGGCCCGCCCUGGCACCUUCGGUAGCCACGGCCGCCGCCGCCACCGCCGCGCCGCCCGCCAUCUACCUGUUCGGCGGAUAUAACGGCACGGCGCUGGGGUCACUGCUGCAAGUGUGGGUGCCGCCCGACCUGUGCGCCCUCAACGCCAACCAGUCCCAGUGCAAGAGUGUGAUGGGGUGCGCCAGCUGCGUGGUGGUGGGCCGCGACAGUGCCAACGCCUCGCUCUGCUACAGCAAUGCGGGGGAGGAGCCGUCGCUGUGCCGCGCCGCCACAGAGAAGCAGGUGGUGGUGGGCGUGCCCUGCGCCGCCUCGCCGCGCCACGACCCGACCUGCGAGCAGCGGGAGUCCUGCGCCGCCUGUCUGGGGGAGUGGCCGCCGCGCUCCGACGCGCAGCAGCGGUGCCAGUGGUGCCACAGUCUGGCACGGGGCCGCUGCGUGCCCCGCGACGCCGACUGUCCCCGCGAGGAGGUGUGCGGGGGCGGCGGUGCGGGAGCGGGUGGUGGGGGCAGCGGGUGCCACAGCGUGCGCGAGGCGGAGCAGUGCCAGGAGGCGGCGUGCGUGGCGUCAGACUGUGACAAGUGCCAGGGCCCCAUGGCGUGCAUCUGGACGCGGCAGGUGCGGCGCAGGAAGCAGGUUGGCCACUAUGACCUGCAGGAGACGCCCUCCCUCAACUGGAACUGUGUCAACACCACCAUCAAGCAACACCUGUCCUACCCAGUGCAGUCCUCGCCGCCAGGCUCCUGCCCCCCCCGCUGCCACCGACACACAUCCUGCGCCGCCUGCCUGGCUGCCACCGGCGCCGAGGGCGGCUGGCACGAGUGCCGCUGGUCCCCCGCCCUACAGGAGUGCCUCUCCCCAAGCUACGUGCCGCUGCGCUGUCUGGGCGGCGCCUGUGGCCUGGUGCUGGCGGGCGGCCCCGACCAGUGCCCGCCGCCCUGCGCUUCCUUCACGCAGUGCGCACAGUGCCUGGCGCAGCCCCGCUGUGGCUGGUGCGCCCUCUCCUCCCCUGUGGGUGGCCUGGGGCGCUGCGUGGCGGGCAGCCUGAGUGGCCCUGACUUGGCCAACUGUGCAGCGCUGGACUACACGGACCUGCUGGCCACCGUGCAGGCCAACGCCUCGCUGGCCGCCCUGCACGGCUUCCCCCCGGCGAGCCAGGAGCCGCCGCAGCCCCAGCCCUCGUGGCAUUACCUGACUUGCCCCGCGGAGGACGAGUGCCGCAAUGGCCACCACGAGUGCCGCCCCGCCAGCCAGACCUGCCGAGACCUGCCGCACGGCUACCAGUGUGUGUGUGCCGCAGGCUACAACAUGACGGCUCCCGGCCAGUGUGCGCCGGUGUGCUCACAAGGGUGUGAGCGCGGCACGUGCGUGCUGCCUGACGUGUGCGCGUGUCACUUCGGCUACGUGGGCGCCAACUGCUCCACCCAGUGCCUGUGUCACGGCCACUCCAACUGUGCCGGCCCUGACCAACUGGAGACCUGCCUGCAGUGCCACAACAACACCACCGGCGCCACCUGCCACCUCUGCAGUCCUAACUUUGUGGGUGACCCGCCCAAUGGCGUGCCCUGCGUGUCCUGCCGCCACCACUGCCACGGCCACGCCACCCUCUGUGUGGCGCCAGACCAGGCCGCCGCCGCUGCCGCCGCGGGGACCAAUGCCUCACUGGCAGGGGAGGAGGGCACGGAGGCGCCUGAGCCGCCGCCGCUGCCGCCGCACGGCCCCGGGGAGGACGCGGAGUGUGUGCAGUGCGCCAACAACACAGCUGGCGGGCGGUGCCAGACCUGCCUGGAGGGGUUCUUCCGCGGCAGCAAAGACCUGAGGCGCGGGUGCCGCCCCUGCCAGUGCAACGGCCACGGCAGCACGUGUGACGCGGUGUGGGGCACGGGCUGCGACUGCGGCAACAACACGGAGACGGACAAGCAGUGCCUGGAGGGCGGUAAGGGACGCGGCGGCGGCGGCGGCGGCGCGGGUGAGCGGGACGAGGAGUGCUGGCAGCACCAGUGCGCCAAGUGUGCCGACGCGUACCUGGGCAGCCCCAGCGGCGGCCACCAGUGCUACCUGCAGAUGAACGUGGACAAGGACUACUGCCUGGACCCCGAGGGACAGAGCCAGUGUUCCUCGGGCCCCGCGCCGCUGCCGCCGCGCCGCACGGUCUUCUUCGCCGUGCAGCCAAAGUUCAUGAACGUGGACAUCCGCCUCGUGCUGGACGUCACCGAGGGCGGCGCCGACGUCUUCUUCAGCUCCCGCGGCGACGCCUUCGUGGUGGCCCCGCCCCACCCAGGUGCCGCGCCCGCCCUAACCAUCGACCCGCAGUACCUGCGCAGCGCGGGCGUGGGUGGUGGGGACGAGUCAGGGCGCAGCGGGGGUGGCGGCAGCGGUGGUGGCGGCAAUGGCACGGUGGAGAGCAGGCUGGUGCAGCGCGAGGGGCGCGGCCUGAAGACCUUCGCCACGGUGACGCGCGCCGCGGAGAUCCUGGUGGUGCGCAACGUCACCAACCGCCUGGUGGUGACGCUGCCGCAGCACCACCACGACCUGCGCUCCGCCAAGUUCUACCUGGCGGUGCAGGGCGUGGGUCGCCCGGGGCGGCCGCUCACCUGGGGCAGCGUGUUCUUCCGGCAGGACCAGCCGCGCAUCGACCUGUUCGUGUUCUUCUCGGUGUUCUUCUCCUGCUUCUUCCUGUUCCUGGCGGUGUGCGUGGUGGCGUGGAAGGUCAAGCAGGGACUCGACCUGCAGCGCCUGCGCCGCCAGCACAUGGUACAGAUGCUGCACAUGGCAAAGCGCCCCUGCGCCGCCGCCACGCUGCUGCUGCACCCGGAGGACGCCGCCACCGCCGCCGAGCCACCGCUGGACCACACCCUGUGGUCGCCGGGCCGCAGGAAGCGCGCCGCCAAGCGGGAGCGGGACGGCCUGCAGGUGGGACCGCUGGCGGUGGAGCCCACGGACGACGGCGUGGCGGCCGUGCUCACCCUCAUGGUGCAGCUGCCAGGGGGCGGCCUGGGCGGCACCACACCCAACCCACACGCCCCCACCCACCGCCUGGCCCUCGGCUCCUCACUCUGCCUCAUGUCACGCAUCUUCCCGCCCGCCUCGCGCCCAUUCCACCUCCGCCGCCGCACCUCUCACCUUGCUCCCUGAACACCCCCCCCACACACCCACCCACCCACACCCCCUCACACACACAAACCCACUUCCUCCCACCACCGCCGCCACCACCACCAUGAAAACACACACACGCACACACAGAUCUGUAAUUAUUUGUGGUACUAUUAGUGUUAUCAAUAUAUUAUUAUUUGCUGUGAUAAAGAGAGAGAGAGAGAGAGAGAGAGAGAGAGAGAGAGAA